UGAAGUGGGUAGAGGCAGGACCACUGUGCAGUCUGCCCUGGGCUGCGGGGUGGACAGAACAGGGGGCUCUUCGGGAAUCUGGCUGGAUCAUGAGAACGUGGAAGGAUGGGAGAGUGAUGCGCAUAAAAUAUGUGGUUUUCCUAAAACCUAUCUUUCCCUAACUUAGAGAAGGAGUUUACAGAAGGAAGAUUCAUCCAGGGAGCCCUACCUGAUCUUCAGUUUUUAUUUCAAAUGCUAAACAAAAAAACUGUCCAUUUUCUGAAACCCUCCAGAAAAGAAUCUGGUUAUCAGCGACUGCCUAAUUGUUACACUAAUGAUCUAGCUUUAACAAAAGCAAAUUCUUUAUUUUUUAAAUGCAGUGAAUUUUUCCAAAAUUAAAGCUAAGCAAAGCAGCUUUAGUCUCAUAGUUAGCAAACAUUUCUUUGGACUCAAGCUGAAAUACAAGCCUUACAUCGCCUUAUGCUUUGUUUGUUUAUAAUGUUUUUAUAUAUAAAAAUAAGGGUUCUUUAGUGAGUUCUGAGCACUGUGUAGACUUCUGCAUCUAGCCCGAAGGGCAGCAUGCCUGGACCACUGGUGUGUUUUAUUUUGCUGAUGUGCUUCAUCCUAGUGUGUGAAGCUUGCUCUCCUCUCAAGGACUGGGGCAGCUCCUGCUGGCCAGAGGGCUCCUGGGCCUCCUGGGGCAGGAUGGGGGGCAGGAGAAAGAAAAGCCAGCAGCCCCACACAGGUAGCUGAUGCGUUCCUGGCCGUCGGCUCCAGCCACCCGCCUGCUGCACACUGGGGCCAAGUGAGGAGCCGACGGGCCUUCACGGAGGUCAGCUGGAGCUCUGCUGUCACCUUUUCUCAGGAGCUACAAAGAUCGGGUUCCCGCUCUGAGGCUGCCACACCCCAGCAACCUCUCAGGGCCCCUUUGGUGGGGUGUUUGUGGAGGGGCAGCUCCGUGCCUUACUGGCUCCCAGCAGGUAGAAACCUCUCCCGCGCGGGCAUCUGUGUGCACUCAGAGUCCACGCUGGUGGACCAGUGCUGUGCUCUCUGGUAACCUGUGGGUCUGCCGCUUGCUUCAGACACCCAGAGGGGUGGGGCGGGGGCUGCAGAACACCGGUGGGGGUUUUUUCCUCGGGGUCAGAAUCUCAGAUGGGGUGUGGUGAGUAGGCAGGAUGCAAGCAUAGAAACAUUUGUCUUUUCCUUAAAGUAAACAAUGAGUCAUUUGUCAAUAAAGCAUUUGUCAAUAAAGCGUUCCUUUGGGGAAGAACCCGUGCCGCCUUGUGGAGUAGUCUUCCUUCAUUCGUGAAGAUGGUGCCCGAUGUUCUGUGCCCUGCUUUUCCUUCAUGCUCUGCCCUGGUGUGACAGAUGUGUCCAUCCCAGCUGUCCUGGGCGUUCCCAGUGAUUAGCCUACCAUGGCAGACCAGAGACAGCGCUCACUCUCUACCUCUGGGGAAUCGCUCUACCAUGUGCUGGGGCUAGACAAGAACGCGACCUCAGAUGACAUUAAAAAGUCCUAUCGGAAACUUGCCUUGAAAUAUCACCCUGACAAGAACCCUGAUAACCCAGAGGCUGCAGACAAGUUCAAGGAGAUCAACAAUGCCCACGCCAUCCUGACCGACGCCACGAAAAGAAACAUCUAUGACAAGUACGGGUCGCUGGGACUGUACGUGGCCGAGCAGUUUGGGGAGGAGAAUGUGAACACCUACUUUGUGCUCUCCAGCUGGUGGGCCAAGGCGCUGUUUGUCGUGUGCGGCCUCCUCACCUGCUGCUACUGCUGCUGCUGCCUCUGCUGCUGCUUCAACUGCUGCUGCGGGAGGUGCAAGCCCAGGGCGCCCGCGGGCGACGCCGCCGGCUUCUACGUGUCCCCCGAGGACCUGGAGGCGCAGCUGCAGUCGGACGAGCGGGAGGCUGCGGACACGCCGAUCGUCAUGCAGCCGGCGUCCGCCACGGAGACCACCCAGCUCACGGCCGACUCCCACCCCAGCUACCACACCGACGGGUUCAACUAAGCUCCGGAGCCGCCGUGAUCCAGGAUAGCUCAGCACCCGGCCACUUCACCCUUAGAAUCAUGAACUGUAGCCGCAGAGAUGGGGAGGGAGCUGCUCUGGCCACGGAGGAAGGGCAGCCGACAGCCCACCGGGCCCUUCCCACCUCUGUGCCCGCCCGCCCGUCGCCCCCAACACGUGAAGUGCGUCGCAUGCAGUAUUUAAAGCAGUGUAGCUACGGUCCUCCUCUUCUGUUCUCUCCUUUUUUACUAGCAUGUCUGGGGUUACGUCCCAUGUCUGUCUGUGUUGUGGGCGUGGCUGCGUGAACCAGAUGCUGAACCUGCCUUGGGGCUUUUCGAGUGGACACACUGACCUGAGUCUGCCUGGGGUCUCCCAGCCAGGCAGGCCGGGGCCGCAAGGGAGGCUCCUUCCCCUGUGUUUGCGAGGCGCGGAGGCCGGUGCUGUCUGGCGGCAGCUGUGAGGUCUGGUCCCUGCCCUGUGCUCCCCAGCCAUGUGGACGCAGCCAGAGCCUCUGGGCGCAUUACCAGGAAAGAGCCGGGCACGUCCCCCCUCCACCCAGCACGGUUGGCCUUUCCGUGCUGUGCGUGUGUGCGGGUCUGUUUGCGUUGGUCACUUGGCCUUGUCACUGGGUUUUUCCCACGGGUGAGUUUGUUGUGGAGCAUGGAGGAGGCUCUGCUAGCCCCAAGACUCCGUUUUCCACCUGGGCGCAGCCUGGGUCUCUGGUGCAUGGUCGCUUGGGCGUGCUCCCUGGCCAGGCUGUGGGGGCUGCUGCUUCCACACUCCCCCCUCCCGGCCACAUUCCAGCCACCUCCCCUCCCCUUAGGUCACCCUGCACAUUCCUUCAGGCCCACCCAGCCUCCUGGUGGGCCUUCCUGGACCUGGAAGAACCACAAGCGGUGGCAGUGAGCCAGUUUGUCGUCAGAGGGGCUGACCGUCCAGGUUGCUGGCGGAGGACUGAGCAGCCCUGGGAAGCACAUGUGGGGAGCGUAGCCCUCUUCUCUGUGCCUCCCAGGGCUCCUGCCCACCUUCCUUCGCCUGUUCCCUUUGGCCACCAUUGAUGGUUCAGGCAGCACUAGAGACAUCAGGUUCCCAGAGGAAGCACCAGCUGGACCAAAGGCACACCCUGGUGCCCUUGGCAUGUGAGCCAGCAGCCGGACUGGGCGUCCCCCUACCACUGUGUUGAGCAGCACCUUCUGUGGAGCUGGAAGUCAGUCUUGUGUGUGUCCCAGAACUUGUGGAUGGGGCCCCUGUGUUGGCCCACGUCCCCAGCAGCACUCGACGUGGUAUGGCUCCCGGCUGGGCCUGCACUGGCCAGAGACCCGAGUGGCCACGUGGGCUUGGUUUCUGCAGAGCGAGCCUCGCGGCUGCUGCUGAGUGUCUCCUGAAGCUGGAGUGGGGAUGGAGGACGAGGACAGCGCCGGCUCAGACGCCCCGGAAUGCGCUCCCGCUGCCCGCGGCCGUGCCCGGAGCCGGUUCUGGGCGGCCAGGAAGCGGCUGAGAGGCCGGCAGUGCGAGGACGGGACGUGGACCCGCUCGGAGACCGGGCCGAGGGCAGGUGUUUGAUCCCGUUUUGUUAGUUUUUGUUCAUUAAAACGAUCAUGAAGAUGUCAAGAUGACAAGAGGGAAAACAUGCACUGUGAUUGUAAGUUAGAAGUAAUUUGCUAAAAUCUGGCCUCGUGAAAAUUCAUCAUCCACCCGGGGACGAGGGAGGAGGUGAGACCACAGAGCCGUCCACUGCGCAUCCCAGCCUGAGAGGUGGGCCACGGUCAGCCUUUGCAAUGUUUCUGGAAAUACUUUGUGAGCUGUUUUUCCCCAGAAUGGCCAAGAACUAAGUUCACAGCUUGGACUUAAGGUAGAAAGCCUCCCCCUUUGCCGCUGGGACCUGCAGGGGGCCCUGCAGCUCUGUGCUCAGAAAGCCCCAGGGCCCAACUCGCACAUCUGGGUGAGCCCCUCGCCAAGUGUCCUACAGCCACCGAAGGCGAAGGCGGAGUGGCCCCGGGUGGGGGCUCGGAGGUCUGUCCCACCCAGCCUCCUGAGGAAUGUGUACAAGGAGUAAAUCCUGGCAGUGAUGACCCAUAGGAUUGCCCUGGGCGUUGGGGGGGGGGGGCUGCCUGGCCCUGGCUGCUGCCUCUGGAGAGGACUGCUCACUGGCCACGUGGGGGCGACUGUCUGCCUGCUGCGCGUCGGUGAGGGCUCCCUGCUCUGGGACUCCUGCCCCCUCCAGGCCGAGGGCCUGGCAGCAGCCAGCGCUUGUGGCCUCGCAGGCGGGCUGGCGAGAAGCACACGGGGCGCCAGGUUGGCUGAUGGCGGCCGCUGGUAUUUACGUUUGUUCCUGCCCAGUGAUGUGGUCUUCUCUCGUCUUUCUCUUGUCUUCCUUUAGCUUUAUUCUAUUUUCAAACUGCUUUAGAUAUUACCGCUCGGUGUGUGAGCCUUCCUAGUUUCCGGUCAGUCAGCACAGUUUGCACCCAUGGGGACCCACUAGAGAAGCCAGAGUGUGCUGAGGUUAGAACAGGCGGUGUUUCCAUACCCGUGGCCACCAGGUGUGGCCACGAGGCUCCUGCUCAAGGAGAGGUCUGUUCCCAAGAGUUCUGACUGCAGGGGGACCGUUGAGGUGAGCCCACGGGUGCCUCUGGCUGCCUGGGAGACGCCGGGCCUCCCAGCACCCGGCCCCCGGGGUGAGACCGCCAGCAGGUGGAGUGGGCGCCAGCACGCGGGCUCUCACUGGGGAGCCUUCCCUGGCUCUUGGCAUGUCCCUCUGCUGCCAGAGGGACGGACGUGAGGGUGUGGAAGGAGCGACUGGCCACAUUCCUUUCCCAACACGCUGAUCUGUGAACCGUGUGACCCAGGACCGUUUGUUUUCGCUCCUUUGGUUGUGAACCCUCCUGUGGAGCCGGCAAAAGCUGCGUUUCUGUUGCGCUUGCAAGCACGGCGGGCGCGGCGGGCGCGGCAGCGCUGUGUCUGUGUGUGUGCAUAUGUGCGUAUGUAUACACCCCGCGGCAGGCGGCGCGUACAAUGCAGGUGCCUCCGAGACGGCCUUGGCUCUCUUGGCGAGUCGGGUCAAGAGCAGGGUUUUAGAGGCAGGCAGGCUCCUUUGCCGGGUGCGCAGAAGCGAACACUGGCCCUGUUGUGUCCCUAGGAUUUGUGUGAAUGUCCAGGUAGGGUGCCAGGGCUACUGUGGUGGACCAGGAUGAGUGCCAUGCCCAUCCUGGGGGGCCCACCCAUUCUGAUCACCUGACACUCCAGGUGAGUGACCCGUUGGGACAUCUAGGUGACUGGAAAUCCUUCCCUCUCUUGAAACGUUAAAACCAGUUUUCUGAGCAUCAGAUACAAUCUGUGACAAAGUACUUUCUAAAGGGGAUUCUGUCUUCUGCCCACAGGUCUGCUUUGGGUGGGGUCCACUGGGGAGGAGCAGGGGCCACACAGGGCCGCCCUCCAGGAAGGCACUGGGCUCAGGGUCCCACAGGCAGUACCUUUCCUAGAUUUUGUUCCCUAGAAAAUGAAACAGUGUUUCAAGCUAAGAGAAGGGAGGCACUUUACCCAGAAAUAUAGAUGUUUAUACAUUGUUUUUAAAUACUAAAUACAAAUGCAUGGAAACAGCUGUCCAUGCGCUGGUUUUGUCCUGUCGUGGAACCCACCCAGGUGGGCAGGUGCCCUGACCCCGGCUCCCACGUGCACCCUGGAGGGCCAGGCUGGAGGGUUAGGAUGGGUCCCGUGAUGAUCUCCAUCUCGUAUGUCUGAAUGUUGACCUUAAAAUAAAGAUAACUGUGUAAAAUAAAUGUUUUUGCCGCAAA